GGCGAGAGCGGGCCUCGGGGCGGCGGCGGCGGCGGCGGCGGACGGACGCGGCCUGAGGGAGCGGCCGGCUGCCGCGCGGGGCUCGCCUCGCCCGCGGCGGGGUCCAUGGCCUGAGCGGCCAUGUCCGGCGUGGUGCGGACCCUCAGCCGCUGCCUGCUGCCGGCCGAGGCCGGCGGGGCCCGCGAGCGCAGGGCGGGCGGCAGCGGGGCCCGCGACGCGGAGCGCGAGGCGCGGCGGCGCAGCCGGGACAUCGACGCGGGGCUGGCCCGCGAGCGGCGCGCCGUGCGGCGCCUCGUCAAGAUCCUGCUGCUGGGCGCGGGCGAGAGCGGCAAGUCCACCUUCCUCAAGCAGAUGCGCAUCAUCCACGGCCGCGAGUUCGACCAGAAGGCGCUGCUCGAGUUCCGCGACACCAUCUUCGACAACAUCCUCAAGGGCUCAAGGGUCCUCGUGGAUGCGCGAGACAAGCUGGGCAUCCCGUGGCAGUAUUCGGAAAAUGAGAAGCACGGCAUGUUUCUCCUGGCCUUUGAGAACAAGGCAGGGCUGCCCGUGGAGCCUGCAACCUUCCAGCUGUACGUCCCCGCCCUGAGCGCUCUCUGGAGGGACUCCGGCAUCAGGGAGGCUUUUAGCCGGAGGAGCGAGUUCCAGCUGGGUGAAUCCGUGAAGUACUUUCUGGACAACUUGGACCGGAUCGGCCAGCUGAAUUACUUCCCCAGCAAGCAGGACAUCCUGCUGGCGCGGAAGGCCACCAAGGGCAUUGUGGAACACGACUUUGUCAUUAAAAAAAUCCCUUUUAAGAUGGUGGACGUGGGCGGCCAGAGGUCCCAGCGCCAGAAGUGGUUCCAGUGCUUCGACGGCAUCACGUCCAUCCUGUUCAUGGUGUCGUCCAGCGAGUACGACCAGGUGCUCAUGGAGGACAGGCGCACCAACCGGCUGCUGGAGGCCAUGAGCAUCUUCGAGACCAUAGUCAACAACAAACUCUUCUUCAACGUCUCCAUAAUCCUUUUCCUCAACAAGACGGACCUGCUGGUGGAGAAGGUCAAGACCGUCAGCAUCAAGAAGCACUUCCCGGACUUCAAGGGCGACCCCCACAGGCUGGAGGACGUGCAGCGCUACCUGGUCCAGUGCUUCGACCGCAAGCGGCGCAACCGCACCAAGCCCCUGUUCCACCACUUCACCACCGCCAUAGACACGGAGAACAUCCGCUUUGUGUUUCACGCCGUGAAGGACACCAUCCUGCAGGAGAACCUGAAGGACAUCAUGCUGCAGUGAGCGAGGCCGCCCCCCGCCCCCCGCCGCCUUCCGCCACCGCCUCCGCGCCCACCGGCCAGACCUCCCUGGGCCCGGGCUGGGCCUCCCGGCUCUGUGCCGCCGCGCUCCCGGCCCGGGGCCACGCCGCGGACACUCGGACGAUUGCUACUGAACCCGGGGCGUAGUCACACUACUGAGAAUCCAAGGGGUCACUCUGCCAUCGGUUCGUGACACCCGGUAACGCCGCUCCCUCUGUCUUCACAGAAACCGUAUUCCUUUCCCGACACAGUUUCACGAGGACUGUGUGCGCGGGGAGGGGGGGGGCGUGCACACGCCGCGCACACUCGGGAAUGACCAGGACACAGACCGGCCAGCCUCGCGGGUGGCUCUUCUCUCUCCCCCGCCAGUCUUCCGUGAGAGACGCUACCCGAGAGCUGUGCCUGACGGUGGUUUGCGGGAGAUCCGGGGUCUCCGCGUCCCCUCCCAGAGCAAGCACGUUGCCUUUUAAAACCCCGGUGCCGGCUCGAGGGACCCUGGUCCAGGCACCCUGGAUGAGGCCGGGGGCCCCGCGCUGGAGGGUGGGAGCGGGCUCGCCUUAACGCCACACGGCCGGUGCUGUGAUCCGCCCCGCCCUGCUCUGCCCGUGACCUCUGUCCUCCGGUCCCCUUCCGAUACCUGCGCACGGCCGCACCCAGGCUCCCUUCCCUUGGAAGGUGGGAGAGCGCGUCCUGUUCCCCUCGGGACUCCUGAACACCGGUAGGAUUCCUGGCGGAGCCUGUGAGACGCCACGGCUGCCUGGUGAGUCCACCCGCUGACCUUUCAGGAAGCCCAGACUCUGGAGCCCGAGUCCGAGUUUCCGCCAGCUGCUGCCACCUCGAUGCCUUUGGACCGGGACCUGCUCCCGGCUCCGCUCGGACCUUCACGCUCACCAAGGUCUCCUCGUCAAUGUGCACAUGUCACGAGUGAUCACUACCGGACGUGGCUCUCUUCCGGGAGAAGCCAGGAAGGUCUGUCCAGGCCCGCGAGCUGGGACAUGGCAGAUCUCCUCCCUCCUCCCCCCCCGCCCCCCCACUGUCCUUUGCACCAGCGUCUCCCGCUGGCUGUCAGAUACACUGCGUCCCAAGCUGGUCCCGCUGUGCGUUCCUCUGAUAGAAACGUCUGGUGUGUCAGGACUUUUCCUAGUAUUUAGAAGGAAACCGGAAGCUUCCUCUGACUGGCACCACACGGUCAACUGUGGCUGAGUAGCACCUGCGAGGCCCCCGUCCCGAGGCUGCCCUGCUCCCAAUCCUGUGUCCCUUUUGCGUCAAUCCUGGCUCGUUUCCAGCCAUCUUGUGGCCUGUGCUGACCCAGGAGGAAGGACAGCAGGACCUGCUCCUGACUCGUCCUUGUCAUCAGUGUUCUCAGUGAGGAGACCACAGGAAACUCCCUCUGUCUCUCUCCCUCUCUUUCUCUCUCCCCCUCUCUCCCCCUCCCUGUCCCUCCCUCUCCCUCCCCCUCCCUCUCUCUCUCACUCCCUCCCCCUCCCCCUCCUCUCUCUCUCUCUCUCUCUCUCUCUCUCGGUGCUCAAGGCUUUGUGUCCAUGUUUGUUAGGGUUUGUGACUUUUUUGGCUGGAAAAAAAAAUUGCUGUUUUUGCACUGCUUCCUGGGGCUCCUCAUGAACUGAAGGAUGUGACCCAGGGUCAGUGCUGAUGACCGUGGUUUAAAGGAAAAGGAGCCGUCUUGGCAGGCUCCCCAGGGCGGUCUGGGGUCCUUUCACGUGGCUGCAGGCACCCACCACCCGGUUCCCAGUGUGGUGGGCUCUCCUCGCCCGUCACUGGGGGACCUCCGCAGCGGCUGCUCGCCAGUGUGGGAGCCACCCCGGCCCCUGGCACCAGCUGGGCGUGCCCAGGGUGCUCCCGCCCCUUUACCCGGCUGACCGGAAGCGCAGGGGGUGGGGCUGUGCAGAGCUGCCUAGAAGUCAGGGAGGGCGCCAGGCCUGGGUCCCUGACCCACAGGGCCCCAGCCUCCCAUGUCUCCCCGGGCCCGGGUUUCCGCUCUUGCUGACCUCGGGGCACGUGGGGAGGUCUCUAAAGGCCCCGGUUCCAAGUUCAGGGCUUCGAGGGGGAUCGGAGAAGAAACUAUUUGCAAGGCUCAACUAAAACCAUUCACGGCUUUCCUACACAUAGACUAGUCGUUUUUGUCUCCAAACCUUCGGCUUUUGUAUUUUUUUAAUUACACUGUUAUCCUUGAUUAUUGUCUUUUUUAUUGAGUUGUUGGAGAAGCAGGAGAUAGUCGUGCCUCAUUCUGUUAUUGCAAAAAUGUAACAAUAAACUUCCUCAAAAUAAGGUCUUUUCUCCGUGGUUACGCUGUUUACCUAGAAGGACACGUGUAGGUUUUUCCCUGAAACACUCCUCUGUCUGUAGAGAAAGGGUCUUAAAAGAUCAUGUGUUCUAACCUAUGUAAUUUAUAGAGAUGUCUAGUAUUCCUGCUCUUGUAACUUUAGUUACUUCUGGGAAAAAGAAAAAUAAAUCCAAGAUCGAAAAUCA